AUGCCCCAGCACGCGCCCUCCCCAGCCCAGCAGCCUGACGUCCUCGAGCCGCUGACGCUGUCAGCAUUGGACACGCUUGGGCUAUGGAUGUCAUCGGCCGUCGAGGACAGCGAUGGCGACAACAGCCGAUUCUCCUACGGCUCGGACGAAGAGACCGUUGUGUCAACGUCGUCUGGAAGCGGCAAGCGGCCACGGCGCCCCUCGGGCAGCAAGCACCCGUGGACCCCAGAGGAGGACCAGAUCAUCGAAACGAGCGCGCACAAGUACUGCUCGCGCAUCGCCGAACAGCUGCCGGGCGACGAGCGCUCUGACGACUCGGUUCGCAAUUUACACCGGCUGCAGCGCAAGGCUCAGCGGCGGGCCGGAGUCACUCGGGGCCUGGCCGUCGGUCGGUCGGCCUCGGUACCCUUGCAGCGAGCGGGCAGCGCGCCCGUCAACGCAGGCGAGCAGCGGCGCUACUCUGCCGGAAGUCAGGUGUCGUGCUCGUCGACGAGCAUCUCCGUCGAGGAGGUCGCCGCGCCGGCGCUGGCGGACGAGGGCCGGCACGGAAGUUGGACGCCUGAGGAGGAUGCACUCAUCGACCGCGCCGUCCGCAUCGGCGGCCUGCGCUGGAAGGCGGUCGCGGCGAUGCUGCCCGGCCGCACCGAAUCGGGCUGCCGCAACCGGUGGGUGCGCAGUCAGCAGCGGAAUCUUUCACAGCUUGGCAUCGAGGCCAAGGGCGCGACGGAGGUGAUAGCGCACCUGCGCAACGUUGGCGCGAUGAAGGUACGCAAGCGGCCGUCCACCAAACCGCCGCCGCCCACCAAACCGCCGCCCGAGGUGGAGCUCCGCCAUGAUCUUCGGCCGAUGCGCUUCCCAAUGCCGCUGGCGCCGGCGCAGUCCGAGGCCGGGCUGAGGCCGCCGCCGCGGGAGCAGGGCCGGGCGGCGUGCGUGCCCAACGCUCUGCCAGUGGCGUACACAUCGCCGCCAACCCGUCGCUGGGUUGCCAACUCGAGCGCCAGCUUCUUCAGCGGAAACGGCAAGCAGGCAGGCAGACAAAGUCCACCUUCCAUUGCGAUGCACCCUUCGCACACGUGGUUCGUCGAGGAGGCCGCUCCGGCGGGCGGCGUGACCUGGAUGAUGAUGUUCUGCGAUAUGGACACGAGCUUCGGGACGGCAGGAGAGGAGGGCCGCGACUUUCUGUACACGAUGGCGGGUGUCAUCGACAACCGGCACCCGAGCCGGCCGCACGCCAAGCUGGUGUGCCGCUUCGAUCUCCGCGCCUCCCACCUCGCCAUGGCCUGCCUCCUUCUCCUCGCGUUGUCUAUCUUCGUCUGCCUCUACCCGCCGCGCGCCUUUGUCCGCGCGUCCGAUCUGAGGCCACUCUUAGAACGUAGCCGGCAUGACGACCUGUCCAUGGCAUAA